GUUGCAACUCCAGAGCUUGUGCCCAGGAAACCUGCUUUUGAAGAGAACAGCAGGACAGUGAUGGACAGUCUCGUUUCUCUCAUAUACAAAUAUGGGGAUGAACGAACCAAGGCCCGUGCAAUGCUCUGUGAUAUAUACCACCAUGCUAUCUUGGAUGAGUUUUCAGUAUCCCGUGACUUGUUAUUGAUGAGUCACUUGCAAGAUAAUAUCCAGCACAUGGACAUUUCAACUCAGAUACUUUUCAACAGAGCCAUGGCUCAGCUCGGUCUCUGUGCAUUCAGGGCGGCACUUGUUGCAGAAGCGCAUGGCUGCUUGGCUGAACUCUAUUCUGCCGGCCGGGUGAAGGAGUUACUCGCGCAAGGUGUCUCCCAAAGUCGAUAUCAUGAGAAGACCCCAGAACAGGAGCGGAUGGAGAGGAGGCGUCAGAUGCCGUAUCAUAUGCAUAUAAAUCUUGAGCUUCUUGAGGCCGUCCAUCUGACAUGUGCAAUGCUUCUUGAAGUGCCAAACAUGGCAGCUAAUAGCCAUGACAUGAAGCGCAGGGUUAUUAGCAAGACAUUCCGGAGAUUGCUUGAAGUGAGUGAGAGGCAAACUUUCACCGGCCCACCUGAAAAUGUGAGGGACCAUGUAAUGGCAGCGACAAGGGCCCUCAAGCAAGGAAACUUUGAAAAGGCUUUUGAUGUUAUCAACUCCCUUGACGUGUGGAGGCUGCUACGCAACAAGGAUAGUGUUCUUGAGAUGCUUAGAGACAAAAUAAAGGAAGAGGCACUGAGAACCUAUCUUUUCACAUAUUCUUCUUCUUAUAAUUCUUUGAGUUUGGAUCAGCUUGCAGGGAUGUUUGACCUUUCAGAUUCACAGAUCCAUAGCAUCGUGAGCAAAAUGAUGAUUUCUGAGGAGCUUCAUGCAAGCUGGGAUCAACCAUCCCGAUGCAUGGUCUUUCACGAUGUUGAGCAGACAAGAUUGCAGGCUUUGGCAUUCCAGUUGACGGAAAAGCUGUCAGUAUUAGCAGAAAGUAAUGAAAGAGCAACAGAAUCAAGGAUAGGUGGUGGUGGAUUGGAGGGCAUUCCCCUGAGGCGCAGGGACGGCCAAGAUUAUGCUGCUGCAGCUGCUGGUGCUGGUAAGUGGCAGGAUUUCUCCUUCUCACAAGGCAGACAAGGUGGUGGCGGUGGUGGCCGAACAGGAUAUGUAGGUGGUAGAUCAGCUUCUGGGCAAGCAUCGAGGGACCGUACUAAUCAGGCGCGGGGGACUUUCGGUGGUCAAGGCUCAAGAUAUCAGAGUGGUGGAGGUGCGAGGGGAAGUCAAACGGAUGGAUCAGGUCGCAUGGUUAAUCUUAACAGAGGGGUUCGCGCUUAGAGAGCUGUGCACAAAGUUUUGCAUAAAAGAGAAUCACAGAGCACUUUGAGGUCCUGGUUGUGGGAGAGUUUAUAGCUUUCUUUGUUUCAUAGCCCAACAUUUCAUUGUGUUACAUUGUUUUCUGCGACGUUCUAGCAUCUUUUGGCAAUGCUAUACUGCUUUUCUCAUUUAAUGACAUUCAUUAUGUUGGGUACAUUUUUUUA